CGAAUCAGAUUUUUUUUUUCGACUGUAGAAAAGCUGUCCCCGUUCCGCGCGCGGUGUUUACAUGUUAACGCAUAUGUGCGUGGUCAAAGAAUGCCGCUUGCUCUUCGUUGUCAGCGUCUUUGGUUUUGAUUAAACAUGUCCAGUGGAGGUGCUGACAUGGCAGAGGGAGAACUAAAGGCGAUUAUCUCCAUUAUUGACCUGCUCAUCUCGACGAAGCACUUCAAUGUCGAUGGUCAAGUUGGAAGCCUUGACUUACUUCUAAAGCAGAGGCUUCACCAUUUUACCGAAGCAGUCUCAGCUGACAGCAACCUUUUUAAAGUCCUCUCUGAGAAUUCACCCCAUUUACUGCAGCCCCGUGGCAGUGAGAACCUGUAUUGGCUCUUCCUUGAUCACUGCAUUUCGCUAUUAAUGCUUCUGAAAAAUUUUCUGGACACAGCGUCUACGGCAGAAAUGCCACCACAGCUGCAGGGCUCUUCCCAGCAAUCCAACGCUCCACCGGCACCUCCUGCCUGCCUUGGUGCUCUGCAGCAAAAGACUGUGCAAAGCCUCCUGCAGUUUGUAGUGGCUCUCGGGAUCAAUCCAAAUCUCUUACCAGGAGUGGGGCUGGCGUUGGAACGACGGACAGUCAGUGCUGUGCCUGAAUGCAGCAUGUGUCUGCUUCCAUGGCAAAGGCAUAGAUUCCUAGUGGCCUCUGUGCGAGCGCUUCUGGUGUGCAUCAGGAGCUCAGUGCUUUCUAGCAUGAUUUUGCACCAUCACCUUGUUGAUAUUCUGGCAGCAUUGCUACAACUCUGCUAUGCACCAAUCCGCAAAAUUGCCAGUGACAAAGACAAUAAACCACAUUCCAGUUUGGAAAGUUCUCCUUCAACUUAUGAUGACCUGAACUCAUCAUUGGCAAAAUGUAGAGCUGCUGCACCGCCUGAUGAUGCCAGUUUAAUUCAAGAAAUGCUGGUGGACCGACAGUGCCUCUCUGUAGACUUGCAGUAUCUGCUGAAAAAUACUUAUCAACCUUUGAUUGUUCGAGAGCUUCUGCUUUUACUUUCAUAUGCAACCAAGCCCAAGGUUCAAAGUGUUUCAGGUGCUAAGAACACUCCACAGUGGCUAAAAGGCAUCUGUGGGCAACUCCUCACACAGUGCUUGCUGCACGAAGGAGGCCUCACACAAGUUAUCCUUGGCAUAUUCGAUGCAUGGAGUGUGGAUGACACUGGUGGGGUGGUGUCUGAGAAAGACUGGAAGAAAUGUGAAACAUUUGCCAAGAUUGUUGCCAGGAUGCCAAGCGCAAAGGUUGUUACUGUGGAAAGCUAUUAUGAUAGGAUUGCUGAACAGGUGGUGGAGCUUCUAUUUCGGCCACAAGGCUCUAUCAUGGACAAGAUCAUCUUUCGUGUAACAUGUACUAUUGUGGGUGCCAUGCUGGAGGAGCAGCCCCAAAAAACAUCAAGCCUUGUUUUAAGCAAGGUCUUUAGACCCCUUUUCACCUGCACCUGCCAGCAGGGUGCUGUCUUGACAUCUAAUGGUAUAAUUGCAUCAGAAGAGGAUUUGGGGAACUGCAUUGAAUUAACUCACAAGAUUGUGUCCUGCCUUGACCCCAACCAUUCAGUUCUUGAAGCAAUAGUUCCAGUUUUUCCAGUAAUUUUUGAGAUUGCUGUCUGCACUGAAAACACGGUGUCCUACCUACGGAAACCUUGUGAAGAAGUCUUGUGUGCAGUGUACCACAGCCAGCCAUCUACAACUUCAGUUGAGUUAUUACACUCGUGUCUCUUCAAAGGUACAAAUCACCUUCCGCUUGCCACAUUACGCGAUGAUGUUGCCUUUGUGCUUGGUAGUUGCGGUGGUGUCGAAGCAAUCCAUCGAUUGUCACCGUUGAGUGAUGAUGAAUGGCUAAAACGGAUAGAUCAAGCUUUCCUAGCUGCUUCCUCUGUGUUCCAGCAUGGCAGCUUGAAAGAGUCAUGCGCUACGUUUUUCAUGUCUCUGCUGAAGAAACUGACUGCGACCAUUGGAGAUCUUCUGCCAGGAGACACGAAUGACACUGUUUUGUCACCUACAUCACGGUGUGAGCUCGACUCACAGGAUGUAAAGGAUAACCUAUUGCUGUUACACCUUGUCGAAAACUUUGCUGAUUUACUGUCUGAAACUCUUUUACAAAAUAAGCCUUCUCUCCUGGAAUUUAUUGUGGAAACAUUAAAUCGAGUUACCCAGCUAUCAAAGAGUACCGAAAUGAACAGUCUGGCCUUACAAUCAACCCUAUUCUGCCUUACACUUCUGAGCCUCCUGAUCUCCACAGAAGACAUGGCUGCAGGAAAAAAUACAGAAGUGUGGCAACAGUGCUACAAGUGCCUGGCAUCCUUGGCAGGCACCACAGCAGCACUGAGAUCAGGAACUUAGCACACCAAUUACAGGUGUCAGUAGCAAGCCAAGGGGUGACAGCAGCACCACAGAAGUUGAGUGCUACAAAUAAUGCUGGCUGCUCUGCGCCGCAGGUGGCAGAUGACAAGCAAGCCAGAGCUGGACGUCAAAAGAAAUUGGCUGCUAUUGCAGCUGGAUUUAACAUUAUGUCUCUUGAUGACAGCCUUGGCUGUGAAGCAGAGGCUGCUGUAGCCUCUCAACAGCGGUUGGGAGAGGAAAUUUCUGGGGUGGCGGCACAAUCAUCGGGAGU